AUGUCUAGAAGUUCAGGAUUCCAAUUAUUUGCUUUUGUCAUUUUUAUUACUAUUGCCUACUCAUCACCAAUCUUUAAAAAUGAUACUAAUCAAAAAAGUGAAGUUAAUAACCAAAUAGGAUUAUCUAGUGAAAUAGGACUUAUUGAUACUUUAAAUCUUCCAAUUGACUUUUCUAAUUCUACUGAAGUUAUAAGAAUUAAAAGACAAGGAGGAUGUGGAUGUGGAUGUUGUUGUAGACCAAGAUGCUGUUGUAGAAGAUGUUGUUGCUGUUGUACAACAUGUUGUACUACAAGAUGUUGUUGUUGUAGACCAUGUUGUUGUUGUAGAGGAUGUGGAGGUGGAUGUGGUGGUGGUGGAUGCGGUGGUGGAUGCGGUGGUGGAUGUGGUUGUGGAUGUGGAUGUGGUGGAGGAAUGGGACGUAAAAGACGUUCUUUAGAAACUCUCAUUCAUAAAUAUAUGGAAAAAGUUUCAUCAGAAAAAAAUAACAGUGUCAAUCAUGUUUUAUUUAAUGAUGAAAUUGUAAAUGAAAUACCUAAUCAAAAAAAUGAUAUUAAAAAUUUUAUGGAAGUUGAUAAAGUUAUCAGUAAAGAAAAAGCAAUUUAA